GGCUCUGGCCCUGAAGUCCACAGCAGCAGUCACAGCGACAGACAGACACAGGCUUCCAGCAGCCCAGCCCUCCCAGUCCACAUCUGCCGGAGCAGACACUCCUCCUGGGUGGCCACUGACCAGUCCUUGCCCCAGGAUGGGGAGCGUGUCCAGAGCAGCCCUGGUCUUGGCCUGUUUGGCUGCUGUUUCUGUAGCCUCCGAGGGAGGCUCCCAGGUUUCAGGGAAGAGGGAGCUGGGGCCAGAGUACCUUCAAGAAGUUGGCUAUGCAGCACCCCCAUCCCCACCCCUGACCCGAGUCCUCUCCGGGGAUCACCAUGACACCUCCCACCAUGGCCUUCUCUUCGAGGGCCAGAGUGAAGUGCAGCCCCCUCCCUUGCAGGAAGACUUCUUUGUCCUAGAGGAGGAGAUGAUGCCUCCCCAACUCCUUUUGAAAAAGAUAGAGUCCCCCUCAGCCUCAGGAAGCCACGGAGUGGAUCCCCAGCUCCCUCAGGAAACUGUCCCCCUUCAAGAAGAGGUGCCUCCUACCCAGCUCCCUAGUGAACAGAAGGAAAUAGACUCAUCCUUCCCACUUCAGGAGGAGCAGACCAUGCAACCUAAGCAGGGAGCGAACACUCAUUCUGAAGAAAAGCCAGCUCCCUUCAUGCGCCAGUCUCCCGCAGAGCCCCCGUCUUCAAAUCCGGCCCAGCACUGCCAACAGGGCCGGCCCCGAGGGGGCUGGGGCCACCGGCUGGAUGGCUUCCCCCCUGGGCGGCCUUCUCCAGACAAUCUGGACCAGAUCUGCCUUCCUACUCGGCAGCAUGUGGUGUAUGGCCCUUGGAACCUGCCACAGUCUGGCCACUCCCACCUUAGUCGCCAGGGCGACACCCUCAAUUUGCUGGAGACCGGGUAUUCCCGCUGCUGCCGCUGUCACAGCUACACACACCGCUUAGAAUGUGCACAACUCGUGUGGGAGAACGCAAUGACCCAGUUCUGUACGGCUGAGUUCUCGGUUAAGACCCGAGCCCACUGGUGCUGCAAACAGCAGGGAGAGGCUCGAUUCUCCUGCUUCCAGGAGGAAGCUCCCCAGCCACACUACAGGCUCCGGGCCUGCCCCAACCAGCAGCUUCUCUCGGGCCCCGAGCUGCCUUUUCCUCCUGGGGCACCCACAUUGCACAAUAUCAAGAACAUCUGCCACCUGAGACGUUUCCGCUCUGUGCCACGCCACUUCCCAGCUACUGACCCCAUCCGAAGGCAGCUGCAGACUCUGACCCGGCUGGAGGGGGAGUUCCAACGUUGCUGCCGGCAGGGGGACAACCACACCUGUACUUGGAAGGCUUGGGAGGAUACCCUUGACGGAUACUGUGAUCGGGAACUGGCUAUAAAGACCCACCACCACUUGUGUUGCCACUACCCUCCCAGCCCUGCCCGGGAUGAGUGCUUUGCCAGUCAGGCUCCCUACCCCAACUACGACCGGGACAUCUUGACCAUUGACCUUGGCCGAAUCACCCCCAACGUCAUGAGCCAUCUCUGUGGAAACCGAAUAGUUCUCACCAAGCAUAAACAGAUUCCUGGGCUGAUCCGGAACAUGACUGCCCGCUGCUGUGACCUGCCGUUUCCAGAGCAGGCCUGCUGUGCCCAGGAAGAGAAAUCAGCCUUCAUCAGUGACCUGUGCGGUCCCCAAAGUAACUGCUGGCGAGACUCUGCUUUCUGCUGUAAACUGAGUCCUGGCGAUGAACAGACCAACUGCUUCAACACAAAUUAUCUGAGGAACGUGGCUCUAGUGUCUGGAGACACCGGGGAUGCCAAGGGCCAGGGGCAGCAGAACCCAACUCAGGGAACAAAUAUCAGCUCCACCUCUGAGCCCACAGAAGGAUGAGUCACCCCCAGAGCCUUGGAGGAUCAGAUUGGGGGAACCCCACCCCACCCCACCCUUCUGGAAGAGUCAUCACAGUAAACACCUCUGGGAUCUGGUGUGCUCACUGUCUGUAACAUCUCACUGGCAAACACACCCUAAAUCUGCUGGGAUUUUCUUCAGUGACGGGGCCCCGAGGCCCACUGCCCUGCCCCCACUGGCUGAGCAGAAAUUGUUUCAGAGGCUGUGAUGGAACCAUCACUAAAUGGCUGAACUUCA